ACCUUCCAAUGCGGAUUAUUUAAAUAUGUUUUAGAUUACUGCUCGCAUAGAUGACAUUUGACCUGGAUUCAUGUCUCCAAAAAAGUUUUGAACAACCAUACAACCGAAUAUGUGCGGACUGCGAAUCAAAAGCCGUUCGCUUUCUUUCAGUUACUUUCGGUGUUUUUCUCUGUGCUCGUUGUGCGGAUUCUCACAGGAAGCUGGACAGCGACGUCAGAAGAGCCACUUCAUACGAUGAGGUUAAGGAAUUUGUUGACAUAAGCACCAUCAAGAGCUUUUUGGAUAAGGGAGGAAACGCUAAGUUAAAUGCACAACUUGAGGCUGAACUGCCUGCCUACUUUCGUCGACCAUGGGAUUCGGAUAAUUGUCCAGACUUUCUUCGAGAAGACUUCAUAAAAUCAAAGUAUAUACAUGAAGAAUUCAGCAAAGGAGCCUUAGCUCGAAAUGCUCAGUGUCGAUUUUCAGCCCCAAUGAAAUCCGGGAUAUUACUGAAAAAGCUUCGCGACGCGGAUGCGUUCUGCGAGCGGUUCUUCGAACUUUCAGUGGAAAGAAAUUAUCUAAAGUAUUAUGUUAAGUCCUGUGACCCUGAACCCAAGAACUCGUUAGACUUGGAGAAGCUUAACAUUACCUUCAUAAAUCCCACCAAAUUUGAUGCUCCAGCGCAUACAGCACUGGUACAGUUUGUACAAGAUGGUUCAACCAGACACAUGUUUAUCCGAUCUGAAGAUAGUAGAACCAUCAUAAGUUGGUACAACUCCAUAAGGAUGGGAAAGUUUAGCAGGAUCUGUAUCAAUUUAACCUGCAUGGGACUAUCCUAUUCUCAAUCGGAAGUUGCUCACACUUUAACAAGAGACAUCGAUAUGGCUGGCUGGCUUAGUAAAACAGGGCCGAGAAAAACAGACGUUUGGAGAAAGCGAUGGUGUAUGUUAUUUCAGAGACACCUGUUGUAUACGGACAAACCUUUGAGUGCAUUUGCGAAAGGUGAAAUAUUCAUCGGCUCACAAAACGACGGAUUCUUUAUUACGGAUGGCGCACCGAGUAACUGGAAGAGACGCAACGGAUUUGCCUUUACUAUUAAUACACCAGACCGUCCUUUUGUCUUUGUCAGUGAUUCGCUAGAUGAAAAAGAAAGUUGGAUAUUGGCUUUAGAACGAGUAACACAGAUUCCGAUAACAUUGGAAGAAAGUAAAAGAGUGGCUCACGUUGCAUUGAAACAUGCAAGUAUAUAUGCGUGAUUUAUAUGAUCACACGUCUGAAUCGGGCAAUUUACAUUCUGGUACGGAAUUUUCGUGAAAAUUGGUGCUCUUAUUAUUUCAGUAAUGUUGCAGUAGCACUUUUGCUGCUGUAUCUUAGCCUAUUACAGACUAUUUUGAGGAGACAUAUUGUUGACAGUAAGGUGUACUUAUGAUAUCAUGCUGUUGUCCUUGCUACAUAAAGAGAAUAAAUUGUAAACGCAGAAAAGCGCAGUAGAGCAGUAAAUGUUUUUGUCCUAUUCACCACGGUAAUACCGUUUUUUAUUUACUGC